CUUUCACGAUCUUGAUUGAAUUAAGUGUUUUCAGCAUCCCGCACAUUUUGAUACAACGUGACUGGUUAGGAUCUUUCAACGGUGAUUUAGAAUAGUGAUUGAUUCUCUGCUGUAAAUUGCUGACUUGUCGAAAUAAACUGCAGAGUCAGGAGUGAGGCUGGAAAGUGAAAAUAAUCAUUGUUGAUCGAAGCGAAUUGUUGCCCUGUUGUCAUUUGAGAAAGACUCGAUGCUUCCAUAAACUUGCAGGAGGCAUGGCGUGGUGCUAUGCCCACUUCUGUCACACGUUGUAUACAAGUUGAGGCCUUGUUUAUUGAUCAGAACAUACGCUUUUCGCGUUUUGCGCAGCCGCUGCGCAAAUAGCAAGCCCUUCCCUAAAGAAUGGAUGACUUCAUCAGCCAGCUCCAAACACCCGCUGAGAAUGUGUACGGCGAAAGCGAUCUUAUACUCAUGAAGAAGGCCUAUAUCAACGAAAAGGCAGCGCCUGAGCUCUUGGAUUAUCAGACCGACCUGCUUGCACGCCUACAGGACCAGGUUCAGAAUCAGGAGGACAGGGUGGCGAACACGGACAGCACGCAUGCGGAGGGGUCGCUGGUGCGCGCGAUCUGGCGGCUGGAGCUGGCGCGCGCGAGGCAUCUGUUGCGCGCGUACCUCCGCACGCGCCUGCACAAGCUGGAGCGCCAUGUCACCGCCGUGCUGGACGACCCCGCCAUGCAGGCCCGCCUCUCACCCCUGGAACUCCAGUACGCCAAGGACUAUUUUGUCAAGACGGGCCUGCACCUGAAGGACGCGGUGCUGUCGCAUCUGCCGGAGGAGUUCAACUCUCUCGUGCGCCAGAGCAACGUGAGCGAGGGGCAUGACAUGCUGAGCGCGCCAAAUCUGGACGCGCAUGCCUUUGUGCGCGUGCUGGAAGACCGCGGCGCCGUCAACCUUGACCCUGAAGGGGAUGAUGUGGUUGAGCUGAACAAAGACGACCUGUACAUCAUCCGCUACCAGCCAAUACGGUAUCUGCUCAAGGACAACUGGGUGGAGCUUGUUUGA